AUGGCUCACGCCAGACAGUCAGACUUAAACCUUGCAGCUGAACUUGAAAAGCUCAAACUGGAAAAUGAAGAACUUCGGGAGGAAACUGAACUGUUACGUACUAAGGAAACAGAACUUCAACUGCAGGUUGAUAAUUUGUUGGAAGAACUAAGCAGGAAAGAAGCAGAAUGGUGUUCGAAAGAGGAAAAGCUCAUGUUAGAGAUAAAGACUUCUUGUGGUCAAAAGUACCAAAAGUGGAUGGCUCAGACUGAACAGAAGAUUGAAGAACUGCAAGCAGCCAACGAUUUUUUUGUCGAUGGCAGGAGGUGGAUAUUUACCAUUAGCCACCUUCACUUUGGUAAAUAGUUGUCCAUUAGUGCCAGAUCCCCGGC